AUGCGUUUCUCUCGUACCACCAAAGCCUGGGUUGAGAGCAUUCUCUCAAAUCAACCGUGCAAACCAUUGAAAACGAAGACCUCUGUGAAUGUAAUGAUUGGUCAUGGUAAGACUACUCAGCAAAAGCACAGCAAAUUGACGACUAAUCCGUUAUCGUCUUCCUCAACUUUCUCUUCUUCAAGGGAAGUUGUCAGCGGCCCUCUGAAAAACCCAAUUCCACUGCUUUCCGACUUCGAUUCCGACAUUGAAACGUGGUUUGUGGGUCAAGAAAGCAAGAGGGUAAAGAGGGAGACGAUCUCAACUAAGAUGGCCGAUAUUGACGUACAUGGUCUUAGCGGUUAUGGUGGUAAACCGGGCUUGAAGAAGAAACUUGAAAGUGGUUUGAAGAAGAAAGUGGACGGUGGCUUGGCUUCCAAGAAAAAUAAAGUUGAUUAUCGGUUGGGUGUGAAGAGGAAAUUUGAAGGUGCUUCGGGUUUGAACAAGGAAGUUGAAGGUGGUGAUCAUGGCCUUCUCUGUACCCCAUCAACUUCUCGUGAGGUUUCUUCAUCCCAAUCCCAAAGUUGCUGUGAAACGCCAGUCACAGUUCUACGCCCUCAUCUCUGUCGUGCCUCUCCUGUCAAAGCCACCUCUGCAUCGAAUCAUGAGAUCAAUAACGAUCUGUCUCCGAGAAGGGCUGCUAGGGUUGCAAUGUUGAAGACUCGGUUUGCCAACACAAUCCUUAAGGCAGAACAUCACAGUGCUCUCUACACUACAACAAUUACCACCGAAGCCAAGAACGAGAGGCUUGGAGCUGCAGAAGCAGAAAUUAUGAGAGCCAACGAGUUCAUCAAAAAGCAGCGGCAGAGGGAUAGAGAAGCUGCUCGCCUUGCCCUCGAAGAGAUGGAGAAACAUGUGGUUAUUGAAGAUAACUUCAAAACCAUGAGAGACUUCCACAUGUUAAUUUCUGGGACCAAAACGAUCGAUUUUGGUCGGUUACUGUUAGGUGAAAUUGUGUAUAGUGAUCAUUGA